GGACACACGUCAGUAGUCUCGCGGUCCGUAGAUUCGCGUCGCCCGCUACAACAGGUGUGCGCCUCUUUGUUAUUGUUGUGUUCCCUGCUUCUUGUGUAGUGCGCUUGGUUUUUAGCUGCUGAAUAAUAUUAAUUGUGAACAGUGAACGCGCUAGUGCAAUCAACGAGUGUAUACGAACCACGAGGAAACGUAUUUUAUCUGCAGUCGGCUGUUGCUUUUUCUCCCCUCUUUUUUUAUCAGUGUCGAUUCUCUCGAAACGAGAAGAGCGAAUCGUUAAAACUACGAGUCGUGCCAAUAAUCAGCUUGUGAAAGAUAGACGUUUCAACCCUGUGUACUCUCAGAAAAUAUAUUUUUUCUGUGCUCUGUAACGGAGUAACUUUUGAAUUGGGGUGAAGUUGUGAGUGAUCGAUCGUGGAAACAAGAUUCGACAUCUACUUCGACUUUUUCGGAUUUCUGUGUUGGAUACCUGCAUCUCAUCAGUCACCGCGACGGAUUAAUUACCUUGGAUGCAGUUGAGACCUACCAUGACACCACAUCUCGCUCCUCGUCCCCGUUAUCCAAUAUGAGUGAGAAUGAGAAAGGACGGAGGAUGACGGUGACAGAGGGAGAGCGGAAUAAGUGCGCGGAUGCGGGGAGACAGCAGCGAAUGGCCCGCUACAAGGAGGAGCGGAGGCGACAGUUGGCCAACCAGUUCGGCCGAAGGGACAGCGAGGAUUUCUCCUCCAGCAGCGGCACCGGCGGUGGACUCACCUUCAAAAACACCAAAUCCUCCAUUCUCAGGGUCGCUGCCAACGAACACACGAGGCACUCGGCAGCCAAAGACAGAUAUCUUGCUCGAGCUAACAGUCAGAUCAACGAAAAUGGAUAUCAUAAACCAUCACCCGCCUUAUCCGACUCCAUCGUAUCCCGUUCCUGUACCUCGUCCGGAUCCGACGGUUCCUCGAUACCUCGACUGAGGAGGGAGAAAGACAAAAGCUCCCAACGGAAGUCCUUCCUGAAUCGCUCACAAAAUGAAGAGGAGAUCCUGUACGGUAAUGAUGAACGGAAGGGUCUGCGAAGGGACGAGAAGGGCGGGGGCGAGUGGGCAUCCCCGCGGAGCGGCAAUUCGUCGCCGUCGCCGAUGCCCCGUCAACUCCGGGCGUCGGACCCGGAGAACGUCCCGGCUCCGGCGAGAAGUCAAGAGGCGAAACCGAGGAGAUGGCAGAACCGGUCCUCGCCGAACGCGAACACGAACGGCAACUCGCAGCAGCAGCAGGUCCCGUUGAGGAAGACCCUGGAGCAUGGCAGCAGCUUCCUCCAGCAGCGCCGACCCAACGGGGACCCCGCCGAACCCUCGUCUUUCAUCCCGAGGAAACUCGCCUCGUCCCCCGCCCUGUUACCGCAAGCCGCACCGGAGAGACAACUCAAAGCUCCCUCCAAAUUCAGUCGGAAAACCUCUAGAACUGCUUUGACGCCAACAAAACAUGAGCUUUCUCCGCCUCCUAACUUACCGCACCAAUCGGAAUUGCAGAAGAGUAGCAGUGAAAUCCAUUUUGAAUCCCGAAGUUCUAUUUUCUGUGAUGAAGUAAAAAGCAACCAAGCAACUUUUAGUGAUAAGUUACCUUUGAAUACACCGUCAAGGGAUAAUUCCGACUACCAAUCGUCCACUAUUCCUCACCGGAUUGAUGCAGAAAUGUGUUCACCUUUUAGUUCAUUAGAUGAAAAUGUACCUCCUGCAAGUUCAGGAUGGAGUAUAUUUGAUAACCAACUUGAGGAAAGUAAAAAACUCACCUUGAGGAGCACCAAAAGGCUGUCAAAUGACUUUCCAGUUUUAAACCAAUCCUCAAUAUGCAAUCGUGAAAACAAUGCUUUUUCAGAAAGCGGUAAAAUGAAUGUUCCUAUUACUUUAAACGCUUAUUCUAGUGGUAAAGAUACUUCUUUUGCUCAUAAUUUUUUAAAUGCUCAAACAAAUUCUUCAGCUGUACAGUCAGAUGUUUUUCAUAAUGCUCAAUUAUUCGAUUCUAGUUUAAUAAAAAGGAGCAAUAAACCCAGUAAACUAAUGCAAGAAAUUCACUUCAAUAGUGCUCCCUCUUCGCCUGUGAAGCACCCAUCCUCAAUUCUGAAAAAGAAAUCAAUUGAUGAAACAGCUCUUCCCACCUUGAAUUUUCACAGUUCACCAGCCUCAAUUCUAAAACGGAAAGUAUCGCAUGAUGAAAGUUCCUCUUCUGCAUCCCUCUCCGUUGCCAGUGCUUGUAUGCCAUCCUCGAGCUCUGCCAUUUUGGAACUCUCCCGUAGGCAAGGAAUCCUCAAAAAAAAUUGUAGUUUUGAUGAGGCUGAAUUACUCAAAAGACGGAGCUGUUCUCCGGAAUUAGUAAUAAGUGCACCAUUCACCGAAUUUAAGUCAAUUUUAAAGAACCAACACCGUUCCUCUCUAGAAAAUUUAUCACUAGAUGACACAGUACCAGAGCCUGAGUUGCAUCCCAUAUUAAAGAAAUCUGCCAGGCAAGAAUCAACUGAAAGCACAAUAUCGCCUGAACCUCAUAGUAUUUUAAAACGGAAGACAUCUGUUCAUAAUGUAUCGCCAUCUCAUGUUGCUUUGCUGGACAGUGCGGAAAAUAGUGACUUCAGUGCUAGUGAGAGUGUUAAACCCAUCUUGAAGAAAAAAUCUAGUUCUGAAGAGAAUGAAUCAACUGCAAGUACUGGUUUAUUGUCAUAUGAAAUUCUGAAGCCAAUUUUAAAAAAGAAAUCUAUCACCGAUAUUGAACCUGAAGAUGAGAAUAGACCAGUCAAACCAAUUCUGAAGUCCAUUCGUAAAUCUCCAGAAUUUGAUGAAAAAGUUUUGCAGAAGAGACUAUCUUUAGAGGUAGAUGUUAAACCAAUUUUAAAACCCUCAAGAGUUGGAAGUCUCGACAAUGAAGACAGUAGUAGUGAUGAUGGAGUCGUGGAAGAGAAAAAUGUUGCAAAUUUUUUGAGGUCAAUCAGUAAAAUGUCUUUGAAAAAGCACAAAAAUCGAACCCCUACACAAACCAGGCAUUCUCUUGACUUAUCUUACAUCAUGAGCCAACGCACAAGAGAUUCAACUUCUCCAGAAAAUUCUGAACCAGUAAGGCCAUUGUCUGUAGCAGAACGGAUCAUAAAUUUAGAAAAUUUUAUCGCCCAGGAGACAUCAUCUAGUGAAAAUUUAUCACCCUGCAGCCCCAGAACCUCCAUUUCCAAGCCAGCAAGAUUACGUAAAAGAUUCUCAACUCAACCUAUCACUUAUCAAGAGCUGAGCUCUACGCGUAGGUCAAGUGAUUCAACCGAGAAACUGAACUUCAAACCCAAUAAUAACUGUGAGAGCUGUGAACAGUUGCAGAAUGAAGUAAUUACUGUAGACAAUUUUUCUGAGGUUAAUUCCCAUUAUGAAUCUGUGAACUCCAUUUUAUCAGCAAUAGAAUCUCCGAAUCAUUUGAAUAAGGAAUCUGAGUCCGACUCGGGGAAAGUAUCAUCUGAUGACUUCGAAGGGAAAACGGUGAGCCGCAGUAAUAGUGUUUCAUCGAAGACAUCAUUUUUCAAUGAUAUUUUUACCAAAGUUGAACGAGAAUUGGAAGAGCUUCAGGCUCCAAGGAAAGCUUUCGGUGCUGUAAGGUCUCACAAACGCUACGCAAGAAGUGCUGGAGACCGCCAUAUCACACAACCAGUAACAGUUGAUGAACUUGAGAAAGCAAAGCGACUAAAUUGCGAAAAAAGCAAAUAUUUCAGCCGAGCUAGAAGUGGCUCAUCUAAUACUGUUGUUAAACCCAAGCCAGUAGAAUUAGCCGUUUAUCAGUCAGAAGAAGGAUUUUAUGAUGCCGGCAAUGACGACGACGAUGAAGAUGAUGAUGAUCCGAAUGAUCCGUCCAAGCUUAGUCUCGCAGAGAGAGUUAAGUUGUUCAGUGAAAAAAUGAUCCAUGCUCGAUUACCUCCCACUUCCGAUCCUCCCAGAAGCAAGCGAUCCAAUCGUUUUAAAACUCAACCUGUUACAUCAUUUGAAGUCGUCAGCGCUCAAAAGAGUAUUCCAAUCAUGAAUCAAGAGUCUUCAGCUGUUUUAGUCGCUGGUUUGAUGAAAAAUUUGAAGAAUAAGCUUGGCACAGAACCAAUCACUGUGAAAGACAACGUGGAUGCCACCGGCAAAGCACCCUCCCCCAUUCUAAAACAAAAUAGCUUUAAGUACUCAAAAAGAUCAGCAUUUGCUGACACAAGAAAACCCCCCACUGAACAUAUCUCAAAUGCCAAAACUGAUGCACCGAUGGUGAAUCCAGAGGAUGCUAAAGCAAUUAAAACGAGCACAUCCAAUACCGCAGUUUCAAAAGGGAAGAUUGCACUUAAACCAGAAAUCAAGUCAAUUCCAAAAGAAGACAGUAGUCAACUCGUUCGGAAAAUAGCAAUUGAAGCUAGAAAUAAACUGAACAGACGAUUAAUUGAUGAUCUGGCAACGGAUACUACAACCUCUGAUGGGGAUACAUCUUCUUCAGGCGGCAGAGAAAUUCAAAGCAUCCUUAAAGGUCAAGCCACCGUGAAACAACCCUUACCUGCUGUCUCCAAGAGCUCCUCUGAAAGGAAGAAAAGCGGAGCGUUGAAGGAACCCUUGGGGAAGACGAAAAGGAGCGUAAGUUCCAGCGGGAGGAGGAAGUCCGGAUCGCGGGGGAGUGGGGAUGAUUGCGCGAGUGCGGUAGAGGGGGUUCGUGUUCCCGGGAAAGGGACGGGGACGGGGACGACCAUGAUCAAGAAUGAGGCAACGCCGCCUUCGCUCAACGGCGGACUUCGCAAGUUCAGCACGCAGCCACCCUGCGCCAAAGACGAAGUCGACCAGAGCACCACCAAUGGCGGAAGCAUCGCUCAAAGGCUGGCAGCCCUUCAGAAGAGCGGAAGCUCGGACUGGCGCAAACGGAUCUCGCGCCUCAGUCCCGACGAGGAAAUCACCAAUAGUCCCUUGAAAAUAAACGAGGCGCAGGAGCUGUUGAGCAAGCAGUUGAGGCAGCCGGUGAUCCCGAAGUCAGUGUCGCCGCCGGCGGAGUUGGGGCACGGCGUCAAUGGGAGCGGCGAGGGAGGCGGCCUGGCCGACCGGCUGGGAAAGCUGGAAACGGCGGCGCAAGGCUGGAAAAAGCGCGUCGGACCCACCGACGCCGUCCAGUUCUCCGUCGCCGGCCGCAUGAAAGGCGCCAACGCCGAACCGAACCCCUCUCUCGUCCCCGCGGUCGCAUCCCCCGUUCUCGAGCGCAAGAAGAAGGUCCCCAAACCCACCAGGUUCAAGAGCAAAACUGUGACCACCGGUGGAAACGACUCCUCUGAAUCUGAUGAAAGCAGCCACUCGCCAACAAUAGCUGUUCCCGAAAUAAAUAUAAAAAAGAGUCCAUCAAAAUUGAAUGGAGAAAUAAAUUUAGUCAUAAAAGAAACCAAUCAAGAUCAUCCUAAAGUUGAAGUUCCAAAUACUUAUGAUGACAGCUUUUCAUUGUUCUUCAGUGCUGCUCCAACAGUAGAUUCCGCUUCAUCAACUGAUGUGAACAGUUUUGAUUUAGAUGAGCUAAAAAUAGAUCCAUCUUUACCCAAGCUUGUUCAAAGAAGAACAACAAAGGUUCAACGAAGGAGAGAAGCUUCUCGCAAUCCCGUAAAAGUUCUGGCAGAAAGAAAAGAUCUCAAGCAAGAAUAUACAGAAAUAAUACAUGGUGUAGCAGAAAAAGAUUUGCGUAUGUUAAAUGUAGAAAAAUUAUCCAAGAACUCAAAUUUGGCAGUGGAGGCCUUAGCUGGUCUUGCCAGCAAAGAGGAUUUUACAGCAGUCUCAUUAAAAAAGCCGUCACUGCAGUCAAAUGCUCCUAUGUUGCCUUACAAGAAUCUCAUGUUAUUACUCGUCAAGGGUCGCAGACAUGUACAGACAAGACUGGUAGAACCAACUUAUAAGUCCAUCAAUAAAGGAGACACUUUCGUUCUUGUCACACCAAAUGAGAUAUAUCUCUGGUUGGGUGAAUUUUCGAAUGUGAUUGAACGAUCCCGAGGAGGAGAGGUUGCCGCUCAUAUUGCUCAAACCAAAGACCUCGGUUAUAUUGGUGCUAACAAUGUGAUAACAAUUAAUGAUGGGAAAAAAUCAAUUCAUCAGGAGAAGUUUUGGACUCUUCUCGGUGCAUCUGAAAAGGAUGCAAGUAAAAUUGAAGCCGAAAAUGCUGGUCAUUUAGAUGAAGAUGAAAUUUAUGAAAUUUCUCUCGUUGGAACAAACAUGAUAUAUGAAGUGGAUGGCGAUGAACUUGUACCAGUUGAAAAGUUUUGGGGCAACAUCCCAAAGAUUGAAAUGUUGGAUGCCAAUAAAAUAUUAGUUUUUGACUUUGGAACAGAGCUGUAUGUUUGGAAUGGCAAAAAUGCCAGUAUGGAAAGACGCAAAAUAGCUUCAAAACUAGCACAAGAGUUAUGGGAUGAAGGCUACGAUUAUACCGACUGUGAUAUUUCACCAAUAAAUGCUUCUUUAAGUUUAGGCUCAAGGACUCAAGGUCCCAAGUCUCUCGAUAAAACUGGGACAAAUCGACCAUCUUUUACUUUAAUUGGUAAAGUAACUCAGCAUAUGGAAACAGUUUUGUUCCGUGAAAAGUUCUUAGAUUGGCCCGAUUUUAACCGAGUAAUCCGUACAAAGAGUCAAGAAGAAGACGAGAAGCAAAUGGUGGCAAACUUAGACUUAAAACCCUGUGAUAUAUUAGAAAUGCAGAAUUGGAAGCAGCCGGAACCAGAUUUCACUCUCGAAGGCUCUCAUCUUGGAAGGGGGACUGAGUAUUACGAUGAUGAAACAAGACGUUACUUUGCAAUUAAAACAACCAAUGUUUCCAUGUGGCGUAUUGAGGAAUUUGAAGGUGCAAAACUUGAAGAUUCCUCGGUCGGACAGUUUUACUCAGGAGACAGUUACAUUAUUCAGUGGCUGUACACGGUCUCAGUUACAGGACGAGAGUUGAAUGGCAUGCCAUCAAAGCAUAACGUCUCAGGUCGUGAUCGGUGUGCUUACUUCAUCUGGCAAGGUAGAGACGCAUCACUGAAUGAGCAGGGUGCAGCCGCAUUAUUGACAGUUGAACUGGAUAAAGAAAGAGGUCCUCAAGUACGGCUUAUUCAAGGACAUGAACCUCCAGCAUUCUGGAAUUUAUUCAAUGGCUCAGCUGUAAUUCAUCGUGGAAAAAGAUCUGAACCUUCCAAAAAAAAUGCUUGGCGUUUGUAUAUGAUUCGAGGUGAACGAGAAAAUGAAGCGCAGCUAGUGGAAGUUGUAUGCAAUAUCAAAAACUUGAGAAGUCGCGGAUCAUUCAUUUUAUUGAAUCCUCAAAAGAGUUCUGUUUUUGUUUGGCAUGGCUUCAAAUCUCCCAAGAUUACAAAGAAAUGUUGUAAUGUUGUGGUUAAACUCCUGGAGUCUAAACGGCCUCAAGAAUUUGGAUUUUCUUCUGGCUCAGAAAUUUCGACAAAGGAAUUUUUGGAGGGAGAAGAAUCUGUAGAAUUCUUUGAAGGGCUGGGAGGGAACAACCGUCAUCUGUACCAUUCACUUUUGAAGAAUCCGGACUCGACAGAAUUCAGUUCUAUGAAGUUAUUCCACUUCUCAAGCAUGUUAGGUGUUUUCCAAGCAGAUCCUGUCAUUAGUCACUCAGGGUCUUACUUGCAGCAAGAUUUGUACUCAGCUAGUCAACCAGCACUAUUCCUCCUAGAUACAUCUACAGAAUUGUGGCUGUGGCAAGGCUGGUGGCCAAUAGAUGGAGAUAUUCUGGAUCCAGAAAAUGAGAGCCCUGUAGAUGAGGCCGGGUCUGGUGGAAGUCAAAGAGGGGCUGCAGCCAUCAGGUGGCAAGCAGAGCGACGAGCAGCCAUGGCAACAGUAUUGAAUUAUUGGAAAAAUGCGCACCCGAGCGAGAGUCCAAAGGCAAAUCUUGUUUGGGCUGGACUCGAGCCGUCUGAAUUCACAAAUCUAUUUCCAGAGUGGAUCGAUAGAGAUGAUGUUGCUGAGUUGAACAUCAGAGAUGGGAGGAAACCUUGCGAAAUGCUCAGUGUGGAAAGGGAAUUGAUGCGGCUGACGAAGUCAACGUACCCUCCAGAAGUAUUGCUCCAACGUCCACUUCCAGAGGGUGUGGAUCCCACUCGCUUAGAAUUGUAUUUAGAGCCCAAACAUUUCAAGGAACUACUCGGAGUAACCAAAGAAGAAUUCAUGGAGUUGCCCUUAUGGAAGCAAACUAAGAUGAAGAAAGAGGCGUGUUUAUUCUAAAUACAUUUUUUUGACUAUGGCUCAUAGUUUAGUCGAUGAAUUGCCGUGCAGUAAGUGUAAAAUAUAAUUUUAAAAAAUCUGUCAUUAAAAAACUCUUCUGCGAAGAAAUGCACUUUUUGGAAAAAGCGAUUCUCUCCACAACUCUUGCAAGAGUGAGGAAGAUUAAAGAUUUGCAUUUUUGCCCUGUGUUGAUUUCAUCAUGAUUUGUUAAGCUCUACCCACUUUUUUUUAGAAGUUCUUUUAGAGCUUGCUAGAAUGUUGAACUCAUUCUGAUCUUUGACCUCUAAUUUAUAGUUACCUAAAGUGGUGUUAUUUCUCGUAACAUUUUAGCUGUUUGCUAUAGCUGGUGUCAAUCCCAAUUAUAGACCCCUGAAUUAGUGGUUGUUUUUGCAAUACUCCGCAGCAAAUAGUUAAAAUGUUACGUUUGGAAUACUCCAGCAAUUUUGACAGGAAUUUCUUUUUCAUUCACUCACACUUAACACGUUUUUAUACAUUCUGAGGGUUAUUUUUAUUCAUAUCAGUAAUUACCUAAAAAAUUUAAUCCCAUCGACAAUCAGUUUUUGUUCAUAAUGGAGAACUUUGCCUACUAGGUCUCAGGCCUUCAUUAUUCCCAUUUGAACCUUCUUUCAUGCUAAGUGUCUUUUUUUUACCUUCGUUAAGAUUUGAUACUCACAUUGAAUUUCUACUUUACCAUUAUUCCUUUUUCUUUUUUCUUCUUUUUUUUAAAAAAAAGUUAAAAACCACUUUCUCCGUCUAUUUUGUAUUUAUUAUACUUAUCUUUUGUGAAUUUGUAUACUUGGUUGUAAUUUAUGUAAUUUUUUGUUAUUUUUGCUACUUUAUUUAUUAGUUUUUCUAUUUAUGUACCUAGUUCAAUAAUUUACUUUUAAUUAACUUUUUCUUACUCUUGAGGCAUUUAUUUAAGUACUUCCUAAUUCUUAUUAAUUCAAUUUUGUUACUCUUAUACUUCAAAUGUGUGUCACUUUUUACUUCUUUGACUAAAAAUUAGAAUUUUUUCUGCUUUUCUUUUGUAAGUAAUCAAGCAACUGCUGUAUUCAUUUAAUUUCUAAAUAGUGACCGCCAUGAUUCCCCCCGCUCUUUUUUGGACUGACUUUCAUACGUCCUGAAUAAUAUCUCGUUACACCCAACGAACAGAAGAUUUUCAUUUUGUAAGUUUUGAGGUCUUCAUUACACCACAACCGUACACCAAAAGUUAAACUCUUUCUUAUCUCAUAAUUUGAUGUUUAGUCGUCCGAAAUGUAUUCUAGGUAGCCAGGAAGCUACUCUGUCAGGAUGAUUUCGAUUCAUUUGCCUCGUUUGCUAAACUGCCUCAGUGUAAAAAAGUAUUCAGUCAGUGAAUUGAUAAAAACCCAAUCCUUUUAUCUGAUAGAAAAUUCCAAGUUGAACCUGGCCUAUAAAAGAACUUUUUCCACAACUUUUCCUCAAGAAAAUCAGAAGUUUUCUUGUGAAAAUUAAAUUUUUCUUUCUCAACCAUUAUGUCGAGCUUUAAACUAAUUUUUUUCUCCUUUGUUAUACUGUUUUUUCUAAUUCAAUUCCAAUCCUCAUUUUGUUAGGUUCUGUUUGAGGGCAAGAUUAACUUCUUUUUAUCACUAUCUAUCCAGGCUGUGCUGUAAAUUAAUGAAUUAGUUUCCAUACUCUGUUUGUCUCUCUGAAAUUGAAGUUCUAAGUGCCAAUUUUUUUAUAAUUUUUUCCAUUUCCAACUUCUUGGUUUUCAAAACGACGUGCUCUUAUUCGAGAAGGCCACUUUAAACACGUAUUGUUCCGUUAAAUUCAGGAGUGGAAUUUUUGUUCAUUGGAAGUAGGAAACAGCUGGAAAAGGAAAGAAAUGGGGGAUGAGAAUCUGUGUUGAAAAUGAAAUACUGUUGAAAAAAUUUUUUUUGAUCUGUUUUAUUCAAUUUUAAACGUUUUAUGAACUGUAUAGGUAUGGAUCGCUUCAAUCGAAAUUUAUAAUGAAGAAUGGAACUGGAUUCUAUAAAAAUUAGAAGACUUCUGUUUUCCUUGAUCGUUGGUAACAUUUUUUACCAUAAAAGUAGAUGCUGUAUCUGUGCCUAAUUCACAAAAUUUUUUCUCCAAAUUUACGCAGCUGCUCUUUAGUUGAGGAGUAUUGAGGCAGAUUCAAUUUCAGCUUUGAUUACCUACUAUUUUCAAUACCAAGUCAAUUUCAAUCAGUAAUCAAGAUUUCAUCCUGCAUGAAGAAGUUUGUAGUGAAUGAUGGCGAACUUAACGUGAGGACUUAUCUAAUUUUUUGCCAGUCAUUUCUUUGAUAUUAUAAGCGCUUUGUCACACAGUGAACAUUUUUCAAUCAAAUUAUAAUAUCAUCAAUAAUAUCGAUAAUUAAUGAAUCAUAUUUUUCAAUUCAAACAUGUACAUAUCAAAUAUGUCAUGAAGUUGCCUAAUCUCUAAUCAAUACGUCUUUUAAUGUUUUAUCUUCAUAUUUUUGCCCUUCAUCUUAUUUCGAAAAGGCCUGUACUUCAUUUUUUUAUGUAAAACUAUCGCUGUGUCGUUUAAUUAAUACAGCCGUUCUAAAAAUGCCUACCUAUCUGCCUGAUACGUUUUUUUUAAUCAGAGAAAAUGUAACUCUAUUUUUACUAAGCCUUUCUUACUAAUUUUUUACCAUUAAAGUAUUUUUAUUAAUCUAUUUUUAGGCCCGAUUGUCCAGGAACAAUUCUAAUGUCUGCCAAAAUUCAACCUACAACUUCUCUUUGAACCUAUGUCAAUAUCUUAGUAGAACUCCUAUCAUCACAAAUCUAUAGUUUUGUAAUUACGUACAUACUUACGUUUGUGUAAAAAUGUGUAAAAGAAAGAAAUUUAACUCUUUUAUAGCCUGUGUUUGAAGUAAAGAAUCUAUUUUGAAAACAAAA